AUGCCGGUGAGGACAGCUCGAGUUGAUCUCUCAUCUCUCAUCAGGCAUGCCGUUUUGGCAUUCCUCGUGAUAUACGCAACCACCGCUGAGGCAAGUUGUGAAUGCGGCUUCGUCAUCAACGAUACUCAGGACUACUACACUCACCUCAUACAUAACAAUUUCAGCACCUACUCGCCAACAAAGCCACUAAGUACGAACCCCAAGUUCACCCGUGACUGGGCAAUUCAGAAAUGGGGGUUGCCAGUGAUGAACUGGGCGACCCCCUUGCCUAUACUCAACCGCCCUGAGAAUGUAUACCUUGAAAAUGGCCAGUUGACGCUGCGGCAAGAAGGGUAUUCAAAGGAGUCUGAUGACAAAAACGAAAUCGAUAUCGAAAUCCUGACGAGAGAGUUCAAGCCCGACUCCAUGUUGGUUCAUUACACCACGCAUCCGGCCUUGGAUGAUCGGGGAUGGCUGAUUGAUAAUGCAACUGAGAUCAUUGCGUUAAAGGGACACCGGCCAGCCGAGCAUUUCCAACUCCAUCGGUUCGACUGGACGAAAGAAGAGCUGCGGUUCUACCAAAAUUCCAAGGUAGUGCACACCAACAACCUCCGCAUUCCAAAGGACGAAGGAAGCGUUUACCUGAACCUCUGGGCAGACGGGGGGAUGUGGAGCGGAUCUCCAAGCACGACUGACGUGUAUCUCCGAGUCAAGCAUCUUUCGAUAUACCACAACACCAGCGCAAGCGAGAACGGGACGGACACUGCCUUUUCCCGGCGGUGCCAGAGGGCCGGUGGCCUUUCAACUGAGACCGUAUGCUAUGAUGUGCAUAUCAACAGCGGCUUGCAGGUUCCAUCCUCCAAAAGUAAGAGUCUGGCGCCGCGCCCCUUUUGGGUGCUAUUUCUCUUCUCUCUUGCCCUGGCCAGCGCCAUCACUUCACUACCAUGA